AUGAGCGAGACUAUUGGCGAUUCGCAGUCCAUGACCAGGUCGCCUGAUGCGUGCGCUUAUUGCGGCAUAUUUGAGCCCAACAGCUUGGUGAAGUGCAACUCGUGUAAGAAAUGGUUCUGCAACGGUAAGACCUCGGGGGCCGGUUCCCAUAUAAUCACCCAUACUGUUCUGUCCAAGCACCAGUCUCUCAGUCUCCAUCCGGACUCGGAGCUUGGAGACACCAUGCUGGAGUGCUACAACUGCGGGAACCGCAACAUAUUUGUGCUUGGCUUUGUUUCUGCGAAAACAGACUCCGUGGUUGUGAUUUUGUGUCGUCUUCCUUGUGCACAGUCAAAAAACGUGGAAUGGAACACAGCAAACUGGCAGUCACUGAUCGAAGACCGCGCGUUGCUUCCGUGGGUGGCAAAGCCGCCAUCUGAGGAGGAGAAGCUGGAAGCACAGCCGAUCACCUCCUUACAGAUAACAAAGCUCGAGACCAAGUGGAAGCAGGACAAGGACGCCACUAUUGACGACGUGGAGGAGGCCGAGAUGGAGGAAGAGCUGGAGCCCAUUCUAAUGCGCUACAGCGACGCUUUUCAAUACCAGCGCUCGUUUGCGCCGCUCGUGCAGUACGAGGCAAAUUACGACAAGCAGCUCAAGCAGUCCCAGAGUCUUGAGAGACUCACUGUGACCUGGAGUCUGGGCACCAAUGACUUGCAUCUAGCCACAUUUGCGUUGCAGUCGUACGACACGCUGGGGAUGAAGCUGGCCGUCGGAGACCAGAUGAUUCUGAGAUACAGCGGGUCCGAGCUUGCUGAGCCGUGGGAGCAGUCUGGGUUUAUUGUGCGGAUCCCCAGUGCUACGCGCGAAACUUUCACGUUGGAGCUGAUCGACUCAAAAAAUAAAAGCGUGCCGACGCAUCUCAACACGGGCUUCACUGCCGAGCUUGUGUGGAAGGGGACGUCGUAUGCGCGGAUGCAGGACGCGCUGAAAAAGCUCGCUGUGAACAAAAAGAGCGUUUCGGAACACAUAUACUACGCCCUGAUGGGGAUCGAUGCUCCGCCGGUCGAGUUCAGGGUGAAGAAGAAAAAAACGUACUCGAUACCGAACUUUGCCAAGCUCAACGCGUCGCAGGAAAACGCCAUCCACAACGUCUUAUCAAAACCGCUCUCCCUGAUCCAAGGUCCGCCGGGAACGGGAAAAACCGUCACCUCUGCCACCAUCGUGUAUCAGCUGACAAAGCUGCACAAGGGCCAGAUUCUGGUGUGCGCGCCUUCCAACAUUGCAGUUGACCAUCUGGCAUCCAAGCUUGAGCAGCUGGGACUCCGUGUUCUGCGUCUGAUCGCCAAGAGCCGCGAGGACGUCGAGUCCUCGGUGCAGCACCUCUCGCUCACGGAGCAGAUGCGGAAACACGCCUCGAAGGACCUCAGGAAGCUCCUGGCGCUCAAGGAGAAGAACGGCGAGCUUUCUGCGUCCCAGUACAAGCAGAUGGCGUCGCUGCUGUACAAAGAAGAGGCGCUGCUGAUGGACAAGUGUCAGGUGAUCUGCUGCACGUGCGUGGGGGCAGGCGACCGUCGUUUGGCCAAGCGCAAGUUCAGGACGGUGCUGAUCGACGAGAGCACGCAGGCGUCGGAGCCCGAGUGUCUGAUCCCGAUCGUGAAAGGCGCCAACCAGGUCAUUCUUGUGGGAGACCACCAGCAGCUGGGCCCAGUGAUACUGAGCAGAAAGGCCGGCGACGCAGGGCUCAGACAGUCGCUUUUCGAGCGACUCAUCUACCUAGGCCACAUGCCGAUCAGGCUGGAGGUUCAGUACAGAAUGCAUCCAUGUCUGUCUGAAUUUUCUUCCAACGUUUUCUACGACGGCAGUUUGCAGAACGGCGUCACUGCAGAGAGCAGAUCUCGCCCCGACAGCACGUUCCCUUGGCCGAUCAGAGAGAUACCCAUGAUGUUCUGGGCCGUUUUUGGCCGCGAGGAGCUUAGUGCGUCGGGCACGUCGUACCUGAACCGGACAGAAGCCAUGAACUGUGAGAAAAUAAUUACCAGACUGCUUAGGGAAGGAGUGGAUCCGUCCAAGAUCGGUGUGAUCACGCCAUACGCCGGCCAGGCGACGUUCAUAGUUCAGUACAUGGAGAUGAACGGCUUGAUAGCGGACAAAUCGAGGUACUCGGAGGUGGAGGUUGCGUCGGUCGACGCUUUCCAGGGACGAGAAAAGGACUACAUUAUUCUUUCGUGUGUGCGUGCCAACGAUAACCAGCUGAUUGGGUUUCUGAGCGAUCCGAGACGGCUGAACGUUGCUCUGACGAGAGCGCGGUUCGGAAUGGCAAUUCUUGGCAACCCAAAGACGCUGAGCAAAAAUACGAUGUGGAGCAGGUUGCUUAUGCAUUUUAGAGAAAGGGGGUGUCUGGUAGACGGGUCGCUUGAGAAUCUUAGGCUGUGCAACAUUCCGCUCAGCAGAGCAGGCCAAACCGCAAAUGGUGAGUUUGGGCUUGCGUCGUCCACAGCAACUGGCAGAUCGCAAUCUUACGAUACAAACAGUUUAUUUUCGUACGGCACAGGGUCCAAUUUGAGCCAGCAAAAUAUGCAUUUCCAGGACACGGCAAACAGUCUGUGGCCGAAGCUGGGUGGCCGCCACGAACAGCAAUCUGUGGCGUCGAGCAGUGCUGCCUCGAGCCGGCGGUCCAGCUUUAUCAGUGUGGAAAAUGACGAAAUUAGAAAACUAGCAAGGCAAUUCCGAGGCCAAAUUAGAUUUUGA